GUUCGUUCCACUUCCGGUUUUUUUCGACAACAAGCUGCGCACAUGUAGCAGCAGUUUGGAGUCAGCAGCGUCUAGUUUUGUAUCUUCGCGGUGUCUGGAGACAAUUUGAGGUUUUAUAUUCUGUAAAGUUUCAGUAGAUUCCGUUAAAAAUGGGGAAGAAGAAGACGGGACUCGGCAGAGCUCUGAUCAAAGAGCGACUCCAGUCUGGUCGAGGGAAGCCGAGAGGAGACACCUGGCUCCACACCAGUGAACUGAACGACGGCUACGACUGGGGUCGACUGAACCUGCAGUCGGUGACAGAGCAGAGCUCCAUGGAUGACUUCCUGGCCACGGCUGAACUGGCAGGAACGGAGUUUGUUGCAGAGAAACUCAACAUCCAGUUUGUUCCGGCUGAAGCUCGAGCAGGUUUGUUAACCGCCGAGGAGAAGACCAGGCUGAAGAAGCUGCACGAAGAGAACAAACACUUCCUCAGGAUUCCUCGACGACCUCACUGGGAUGAAAGUACGAGUCCAGAGGAGCUGCAGCAGGCCGAGAAGGACAGUUUCCUGGAGUGGAGGCGAGAGCUGGCUCAACUGGAGGAGGAACAGAAGUUAAUUCUGACACCGUUUGAGAGGAACCUGGAAUUCUGGAGGCAACUGUGGAGAGUCAUCGAGAGAAGUGACAUCGUCGUUCAAAUCGUUGAUGCCAGAAACCCGCUGCUGUUCAGAUGUCUGGAUCUGGAGUCGUACGUUGGGGAGGUUUCAGCCGAUAAGGUGAACAUGCUGCUGGUGAACAAAGCUGAUCUUCUGACCAGAGAACAGAGGAGAACCUGGGCCAGACACUUCCAGAAGGAAGGAAUCAGGACGGCUUUCUGGUCGGCUUUGGCUGAGAGCAACAGGCUGGACGCAGAGGAGAAGGGGAUGGAGGUGGAGGAUCCAGAGUGUGCAGAGAGCGACGCAGAAGAAGAAGAAGGAAAACAACCAGAUAAUGAAGCAGCUGGAGAGGAGGAGGUGAAGGAGGAAGACAGUGAUGAAGAUGAGGAGGAGGUGAUGGUAGAGGAGGAGGACUGGCACACCUGUUCAGAAGGUGAGGAGGAAGCUGUCGGUUCAUCCAGUGAAUCCUUCCACAACUCCAGCCGCCUGCUGCACAAAGACGAGCUGCUGAACACGUUCAAGGCCGUCCACAGUGGAAGGAGAUGUCGAGAAGAACAGCUGACGGUCGGCCUGGUCGGCUAUCCAAACGUAGGGAAGAGUUCAACCAUCAACACUAUCUUCAGGAACAAGAAGGUUUCAGUUUCAGCGACUCCUGGACACACCAAGCACUUCCAGACGCUGUACGUGGAACCAGGCCUGUGUCUCUGUGACUGUCCAGGUCUGGUGAUGCCGUCGUUCGUUUCCACCAAAGCUGAGAUGAUCUGUUCUGGGAUUCUGCCCAUCGACCAGAUGAGGGAUCACGUCCCUGCAGUGUCCCUGAUCUGUCAGACGAUUCCUCGACACGUGUUGGAAGGAACAUACGGCAUCAACAUCAUCAGACCACGAGAAGACGAAGACCCAGACAGACCUCCGACCUCUGAGGAGCUGCUGAUGGCGUACGGAUACAUGAGAGGCUUCAUGACGUCCCAUGGUCAGCCGGAUCAGUCCAGAUCGGCUCGGUACAUCCUGAAGGACUACGUCAGCGGGAAGCUCCUCUACUGCCAUCCUCCUCCUCACAUCAGAGCUGAGGACUUCCAGCCUCAACACAACAAGUUUCAGAGGAGAGACUCGGACGGCUACGACCCGAACACAGAACACAGAAGCAGCAACAAACAGCAGAAGAUCAGGAGAAUCGAAAACGUAGUGGACAAGAACUUCUUCCACCAGGAGAACGUCCGGGCGCUGUCCAAAGGAGUGAAGUCUGUGAUGGGCUACAGACCCGGCAGCGGUCCAGUCGCUAAGGAGGAACCUGAGGUGGUGGUGGGAAAACCCUGGAAGAAACACGGCAACAGGAACAAGAAGGAGAAAGUUCGGAGGAUCACUAAACAUCUGGAUGCCUGAUGAUGAUCCAGAGCUUUAAAUAAAAACAUUUCAGCUGGAAUGGAAACGAUAAAGGACAGCUGACCGAUUGUAAAAGAACUAAAGCUGCUGCAGGUAGAUGGAGGAACCUGGUUAGGAUCAGAACCUGUCAGAUCAUGAACUCAACAUCCAGGAGGUGUCAAGUUUAGAAUAAAUGCAAAUAUAAAUUUUACUACAGUCAUGAUUAAACACUUCAACAUGUUUAGUACGACUUUAAUCCAAUAAAUUCUGUAACUAACUUCAGUUAUAGAAUAAAAUUCCUGUUUUCA